UGCUGUCAAGUUUCGAACCACAGGCGCGAUGGAGUCACACACCGAGCCGGAGACGGGUCACCGUGCUGAAGGUGUUUGCCAGAGAGGAUGCAGGCUCCUGCUGUCCGGCGAGGACUUCGACAAAGGGGACCACCGUUGUGUGGACGCGCUCCGCGCGGUCACCGACGCGCUGGAGGAAAGGAGCGCCGCUCUGGAGCACGAAACCCGGAUGGCGAGGCUCAGGUGGAACAGGAGGGAGCAGUCCUUGCUGGCCCAGGUAUCGACUCUGCAGAACGAGGCCCAGCUGUCGGCUCUGAGGUACCAACGCAGGCUGCACCAAUACAUGCUGCACAUCAACAGCAUCGCAGAGCAGGUCGCCGGGUACUACAAGAGAGAUGCGAAGACAACUGAUGGCACGCAGAGCCAGAUAUCAGACACAGCAACACGUGCAGAGGAAGAGCCACAGGAGCAGCUCCAAGCACCUGAGGUAAGAAGAGAAAACACACUCUCACAGCUCAUCUGUACUCUUUACUGCUGGAAACACUGACAUUUAUCAUGGCUCAUUCAUAAAGCUGUCAGAUCACAAGCUCAGUUGUGCUCAUCCAAAAAGCAGCAGCAGUCAGAAUCCCUGUUGGUGAAACACUUCCCAAAUGUUGUUGAUAUUAGGAUUCGGGGUUUUUUUUAACAAAAAAAAGCAGCCUCUUGUGCUCCAGGAUUUUUGCCUCUUCCCUAUUAUUCUGUUUUCACCUGCUGACUCAGCUUAACCCUGCUGCUGGACAAGCCUCUGUGUAAAUGUUGACUUUGUGAUCACAGUGAAUGCUAGAAGUGGUAGCUAACUCUAAAUCAGAGGACAGUUGAAGGAAGAUAAUCUCUCCUUGCACCCUGUUGUUGUUUGGCGUGGUGUGUUUUCUUUUCUCACAGCGA